CGAGCAGAUGCGACACCGAAGAUGGACGCAGAAGAUGAGAUUCCUGAGCUUUCACAAAGCGGUGACGACCACAGCAACAGGAGCACAGGUGGCGACGAAGAUGUCACCGCACAUCAUCAGCUUGCAGUGGACAAGCACAACCAAGCAACGCUGUCGUGGAGCAACGUGUCGUGCACUGUUGUGCAAAAGAAGAAGCAAAGCGUGUCUGAAGAUAUGAAGAUCCUCGACAACGUGUUUGUGGGCGCCACCUUUGACUCCACGCUGCUUCCGACCGGCGAGCAGGUGCUGGCACAGUACGACAUGGACAACGAGAGCAUUGGCCGCGACUUUGGCAUCCUCAUCGCCAUGGCCGCCAUCUACCGCUUCCUCUGGUUUGUUGUGCUGUACAUGUUUCGCACGGGUAAGCGGUGAUCAGGAGGUGAAAUGGAAGGGAGAGCUAGAGCACGCGUUUUAUUUUGUUUGGGAAGCAGCAAGAAAGAUACAGCAGCAAAAACAACAGCAACAGCGUGCAUGUAGGAUAAAGACUGCGUGCGGG